AGGCAAAUACUUGAGGGACUAAGAAAGUAAUAAUCCCUCGGGGCAAAGCCAAAUGUCACCAGCUGCUUCUAACAAACAGAAGAUCCGCGUUGUGUCCCGCACUAACCAAUCGCAGAGAAGCAGAUGACAUUUUCUAAAAUUCUUUUAACCGAACCAAUCAGGAACAAGGCUUUCCCCAUCGUCAUUAGCAUUGCUGACGCAUCAGGCUGCAAAAAGCGAGCUCCGAGCCCGCUUUCCCUUAUUCUGUGUCUGACUUUGAUACAGUCAAUGGUGGAGGAGAAGAAAGGACAAGUUGCCAAGAAGGGUGCUAAGAAAGCGGAGAAGAGGGCGGCAAGAAGAGGAGAAGGCCCAGGAAAGAUAGUUACUCCAUCUACAUCUACGAAGUGAUGAAGCAGGUUCACCCCGACACCGGCAUCUCCUCCAGAGCCAUGAGCAUCAUGAACUCGUUCGUCAACGAUAUUUUCGAGCGUAUCGCAGGGGAGGCUUCCCGCCUGGCCCAUUACAACAAGCGCAGCACCAUCAGCUCCCGGGAGAUCCAGACCGCCGUGCGGCUGCUGCUGCCCGGGGAGCUGGCCAAGCACGCCGUGUCGGAGGGUACAAAGGCGGUGACCAAGUACACCAGCUCCAAGUGAGACACCUCACUGUGCUGAAAAAACAGCCCAUCCAAAACCCAACGGCCCUUUUCAGAGCCACAACUUCCCUGAAACAACUGUUAUUCUUUCGACGAUUUUUGUGUUUUAUAAGUGUUGUAAAUUACUGAUCGCUGACCCGAUGUGCGCCUAAUUUUCGGAUGCAUUCAUAUACAUCUGUAAUCGCUGCCUCUAGCCGGGGAUCGAGGUAAACACCAAUGAGUUACUUA